AUGAGCACAACAUGCGAUUCUCUCCAGGAUGCUGAGGAUCCAUCUCCCGCGGUUCCCGGGCCGCCUGACGGUGGAUAUGGCUGGGUUUGCGUUGCCGCAUGCUUUGCCAUCAACUGCUUUACGUGGGGUGUCAUUGCUUCGUACGGGGUCUUUCUCGGAUACUACCUCGAAAACGGGAUCUAUCCAGCGGCAACACCUACGGACUUUGCCUUCAUCGGAGGACUGAACUUUUCCGUGGCGAUGCUGGCCUCUCCAGCCGUGACGGUCCUGGUUCGCCGCAACCCCUUCGGCAUUCACCUGCCCAUGAUCAUAGGUGUAGGUUUGCAAACAGCUGGUUUUAUUACAGCAUCAUUUGCAACAUGUAUUUGGCAUCUUUACCUUACCCAAGGGGUUCUAGUUGGACUGGGGGUCGGCUUUACCUACAUUCCCAGUAUCGCCGUGCUCUCUCAAUGGUUUCUUCGGCGCCGCAGCUUAGCAAACGGCAUCAGUGCUGCGGGAUCUGGUAUUGGCGGGCUCUUGUUCUCCUUUGUGGUGCGGGCAGCUAUUAGCAACACCUCUCUGGCUUGGUCACUUCGCAUUACUGGGCUCCUUAGUGGAUUCAUGAAUAUUCUAGCAAUAGCUGCCAUUCGGAGCCGCAAUCAUAUUAUUCAGCCAAAACAACACCCAUUUGAUAGGGACCUACUUCGCCGUUACGAUGUCAUACUAGUCCUUGCCUGGGCCUUUGUGAGUAUGUUUGGCUAUAUAACCUUACUAUUUUCCAUGUCCAAUUUCGCAAGCUCAAUAGGUCUGGAUCAAUCUCAAGCCGCCACUGUUACAGCCCUUCUGAACCUGGGCACUGCAGUUGGAAGACCGUUCAUCGGGGUUAUUAGUGAUUAUUUUGGUCGAAUCGAGUCUGCGGGAUUCAUUACUCUUCUAUGUGCAGUAUCAGUCUUUGCAAUUUGGAUACCAGCUAUGUCAUACGGAGUUACAAUUCUCUUUGUGAUUGUCAAUGGCGCAAUCCUAGGUGUCUUUUGGGUUACAAUUGGGCCAAUAUGCACAGAAGUCGUAGGACUUGGGGAACUACCAUCUAUGCUCUCGCUGGCCUGGUUGGUGAUCGUGUUACCAACGACCUUCUCGGAAGUCAUCGCACUCAAACUGAGACGCCCUGGAUCUGGAAAUGAGUUCCUCUACCCUCAGAUCUUUGCCGGGCUGGCGUACCUCAUCGCUAGCAUUAUUACUCUCGAGUUAUGGCGAGUUCGCCGACGAUCAACUGUCGUCGAAUAUGCUUCAAGUCAGGGAGCCCCUGAAAGAGAAACUAGCGUUGCUUUGACAGCCAAGCAUAACCCUUAG